CAGGGCAGCGUGAAAAUGGCACAGGUGCCAGCAACGAGUCCAUCACCCGAUGGCCCCUCCCCCCCUUCCUCCCCUUCCUUUGUGUCCAGGCUGACCGCCUCCAUCGAGGCCGCUCCCUGUUUCCGAGUCCCAUUAAUGUGGGGUAUAGCCUGUGGCAUUGCCGCAGGCCUGCAUAAGUUCAGAGUCCAUCGGGCCUCUCCACAGGCGGUCUUAAAUGCCUGUGACUUCGCUGUCCUCGGCAUGGGCAUCUCUACGUCGUUGGGAUGGUGGGUGUGCAUGCGCCGGCAGCGAAAGGAGGAGGAGGAAUUAAAGUUGAUUAUGGCCGCACAAGGCUUCAAGCCCAUGGCUGAACUUGAGGAAAAGGCAGAAAGAAAAUAACGGGUGGUCACUCCUAGCGCCUCGCUAAGUUGUGGAAAGCGCGUACACGUCGAAAGGAAAGAGAGACCGGGCCGAUCCUUGUCAUGAGGGAGGCCGUGGCGAAGGGAGGCUGGCUACCCGUUAAAGUGGGAGCCCACCACAUCCGAUCGCAUUCCUCCGAUGCAGGAGCGAACAUCGAAAGGCUCUUCGCCCAACAGGGCUGCCACGGCGGCGCCCUAUAGAACCCGACGUUGUGGACCAGACGGGCCCGUCUCUGCGGAGAAACGAGCGGAUCGGAUCGAGGCCAUGGACAGGGAGGAAGGGCGCAUGGAGCGUCGGGAGGGGAGGAGGGAAACGGCAGCUGCAGUUGGGCGAAAGUUCGAGAGAAAUGGAUGCGUGACUGCUGCGAACAGGUGCUUGUGUGCCGGAAUGCCCGCAUCUAAACACUGCACAUAGGAAUAAAGAGAAUAGGAG